AUGGAGAGGAAGGCACUGAGGGAAAAGGUUUAUCCAAAACUGCGAGAAUAUUGCAGACACAAGCAUGGAUUGGAGUUCCAGGUAAUUGAUGCUUAUACGGGCGUGGAUCCUGAUGAUGUCCCUGAUUUUGACGUCCGGAAGCUCCGGAUGAAGCUGUUGGACGAUUGUUUAAAGUUUUCCGCUGGGCCGUGUUUUGUGGCAUUAAUAGGAGAACAAUAUGGAAGUACUGGCAUACCAGAAGAGAUUGAAGCCAAUGAGUUUGAGAUGAUUCUGUGCAGAUCGCAAAAUGAAGGCUUUAACACCAUGGUACUGGAGAACUGGUACCAUCGAGAUGAGAAUUCUGUUCCUGCUGCCUAUCGUCUGAGGUCGAAAACUGAUGUCCUUCCUGACUACUACAACAAGAGCAAGGGAAGAGCGAGGGAAGCAGCUCACAGUGUGUGGCGUGAAAACUUCUCAGAAAUGAAGAUGAUCUUCAGUACAGUAAUUAAAGAGUGUCUCAAAGAGGAAACAAUAAAACCAGACCAGGCUCAAAAAUACUUCACUUCAGCUCUUGAAGCUGAGUUGCAGCAUGCUGUGAUAAAUCAGCCCCCCAGCGUUCUCCGAAACUGCGUCUGCUACAUUUGUAAAAUUCCACACCUCACUCAUCACCUGAAGAAACUCCUUGCAAACCAGAAGGGACAACAAGGCCCUUCUGGGAAGCUGCCCGAGGAUGCCCUGGCACACGCCAAGCUCCUCAGACUGCGGGAUGGGAUUCUCCCAUCAUUGGCCACUGUCUCAGACUUGCGUGUUUACACUUCAACGUUGCUGGGAAACCACACCGGGCAGAUGAAGCAGGAAUACAUCGAGGGACUUUGCCAGCAGUUCUACACUGAUAUUGUUAGGCUUAUUGACAGCAGCAACAAUAACACACAGAAACCUGUGGACGAGGUUGAGGGUGUGGAAGAGGAAAUGAUAAAGCACACGGCCUUAUGCAAUUUAUAUGCAUCCCUUUCUGACUUUGAAUGGAAAGAAAGGGACCAAAUUAAAGAAUACAUUGUUGGGAAGCAACCGAACACGCCCUUCAUCGUUGUGGGAGGGCCUUGUACUGGAAAGACGGUUCUCUUGGCAACUUGUGCUAAACAGAUAUGUUCAUGGCUGAAUAACUGUGCUCCUGUGAUAGUCAGCCGCUUCCUCUCCACAGGCCACAGAACUUCCUUUAGGAAUGACCUGACUGGAAUCUGUCACCAAAUAGCAAUGAGCUAUCACAAAUCCGUGCUGAUAUAUUCUGACAACACUGAAGAAUUAGUGAACUGUUUUGUGAACCUUUUAGAGUUGUCAUCUGAACAGCAUCCGUUGACAGUGAUGAUUGAUGCUGUCGAUCAGGUCUCAGAGGCUGAUAGUGUCAGAACAUUCUGCUGGCUUCCAAAGAUUCUGCCACCCUUUACCAGGUUAAUUAUUUCCACCACUAUUAAGAAGUAUGGAAUUGCACAAAAGGGCACGUUGCUGCACCCAGAUGCAGCAUACUUCCUUGAAUUAAAGCCAAGAGAGAGAAAGGAAUGCAACAAAAUUCUCACACAACAUCUGCUCUCCUCCAACAGGAGAAUUACAUCUGGGCAGCAGAUAUAUGUGAAUAUGGCUCUGGGGCAGUGCACUCUUCCACUUUUUGUUAAGUUGCUUUAUAGUGAAGUGCUUUGUUGGACAUCUCAUGAGGAUGUUAAUGACCAGACCUUAGGAAGAACUGUUCACGAGAAUAUUGAGCGACUACUUAAAAGACUUGAAAGGAAACAUGGGGAAGGUCUAGUUUCCAGAGCUCUGGGCUAUGUAACACUUGCAAAUUCAGGACUUAGUGAGGUUGAACUGCUGGACAUUUUGUCACUUGACAACUACGUGAUAAGAGACUUCUGGCCUCAAGAUGAUUUGCCAGUCUCAGUGAAGGUACCAUAUUAUACAUUAGCAAGACUGCAAGAGGAUCUGAGAGGGUUUUUAGUGGGAAGGCCACAGAAUGGAGUAAAGUUGCUCUUCUGGGCAAACAGACAUUUUCCGCUGGUCAUUAACAGGUCUUACCUCCAGAACUGGGACACAGUACAACAAAUGCACAACAUCAUGGUGGAAUAUUUUAGUGGUCGAUGGUCCAUUGGAAGAGGGAAGCCAUUUCCUAUCGCUAUGUUACCACAGGGCCCAAUGAAGGAUCAACAGCUGUGUCGGGGGAUUUCAGAACACAGAUGUUUGAUGGAAAAAUAUGUCGAUAGGCAGCAACCUUCACAGUCGUGGCUUUUUCAUUUCCAGCCUUCUUCUGAAGGCCGCUGUCAAGUCUAUGCAAAUCGCAGAAAAGUUGAAGAACUGGCUUAUCAUUUGAGGAGAACUGGAAGACUGGAGGAACUAUAUUUUAAUGUGCUAUCUUCAUUCACAUCCCAUCUUGCAAUGAUUAAAGCUGGUCACUUGGUUCAACUGAUAACUGAGCUGGAAGAGAAUAUUCAGACAUUAAACCGAAGGGGUAUUAGAUUUUUGGCAACAGUUCUGAGGAGUGCAUUUUGUUUACUGCAAAAAUCCCCUGAUCAAUUUCCAAUGGUUAUUCAGGUGAGGGUUCUGCCAUUUGCAGGAUGCUUCCCACAACUGUUCAAUUUUCUAAUGCAAGCUUAUAAAGAAGGGCUCCAGCACAGUGUCAUUGUUGUGCUACACAGUCCAGUGGUUACUGUGCCCAGAGUGCAUACCACAUUGUGUACUUCUGAUUUUUCUAUAGCAACAGAUAUCAUUGAAAUUCAGUCACAAUCUCUAGUUCUUGUGACACUGGAAAGUGGUUCUGUAUAUACUUGGACCCCAGAGUUUCAAAGACCUUGGGAACAAAUAAACACAAAUGGAGUCAAGAUUUUUGGAGCCAGAAUAUCAGAUGGUGACCAGUUCCUUGUAUUAGCGACUGGACAUAGCACAAUAUUAGUGUAUGAUCUUUCCCAGUUAGCCCUGCUUUAUGAAGCUGAAGUGAGAACAGUUGUUGGUGGCAUAGCAGAGAUUCUUCAGCCAAUCAGUGGCUUUGCUUUAUGCAGUGCAUAUGCGGUGGUGUGGUUUGAGAAUAGCACAGUGGUGAGGGUCUUUGAUCUUAAUUCUCAUCACACAAUCAGGCAGUUGAAUUGCCAACAUGAGGUUCAGUGUGUCUCCUUUUCUACUGAUGGAACUUAUGCACUGUGUGGACAAUUGAAAAGCACAGUCACAAUAUUUAAUAUUCACACUGGUUGCCAGGUAGCCAUGGUUGCUUGUGAACUCCAUGAAGCACCUGUUUAUUCCAUUUUCCUGUCUGCUUCUGAUGAAGAAAUCUAUGUUGUAGACAAGAUUGGAAAUAAAUUUGUUUGGGACACAGAAAACCUGACUGAGCCAAGUCUUCAGGAAAGUAUUAUUUGUUCAGAUAAUGAAGGUGAACUUCUUGAUGUUGAACUUUCUUCCCAUUCCCUUUUAUUGUGCAAGAUGUCUUGUAUUGAAGUCUGGGACAUAUUGAAUUGGAAUAUGUCAGACAUGUUCAGGCCUCCAAAAAAUGAAUAUUUUAUCCAAGCUAUAUUAUCACAAGAUUGUCAUUGUAUUAUAGCUGUCAUCAGUGGUUCUGAGGCCUUAUUUGUGUGGAAGAGAGAGACAGGGCAAUGUGUUCUAAUACUUGAGAACAGGUUUGGUACACCACUGAGAUUAUCCAAGUGCUUUGCACAGAAGUCUUUGGUGUCAUUCACUUCAAAGGGAUAUCUCAUAUCCUGGGACUUAGAUUGCAUAGAUAAAGUCUCAGCUCUAGCAAAGGCAGAAAAGGCCAUACAGUCAAUUCUUCUUUCGAAACAAGGGAAGUAUUUUUACACAUCUGAUGGUACCAACGUCAUAUUCAAGUGGAGCUUGACUUUCUGUCAAAUAGAGGCUACCUUUGCCCAUGCUGAUCUCGUUAAGCACUGUGCUCUCACAGGAACAGGGGCCACUCUGAUAACUGCAGAUGUUAGCGGCGACCUUUAUACCUGGGACACAAAAACUGGUCAAAACCUAUACAGGAUCAGAUACAGUAUUGUGACGCAACUGUUGGUAACGCCAAAUGAUCACUUUGUGGUGUCACUUUGUGAAGAUUGUAUUUCUAAGGUCUGGAAUCUGUCCAAUGGGCAUGUUGUCUGCGAUAUUCACAUACCCUUAAAGAAGGCAAUGAUAAUGCCUGAAAGCACCUUUGUUUUGGGACUUCAUCAGCAUUGUCUCCUUGCUGUCAGCUUGUGGUCAGGUGGCAUAGUCAAGAGAUUUGAAUGUAUUGACAAAUCUGACAUUGUAGCCUUUCAAACAUUGAAAGAUUAUCCAGACUAUAUUUUGCUAAUCACAUCUUCUGGACGCAUGUAUACCUGGAACGUGGCAGAAGAAACUUUUUGCCAACAGGUCCAGCUCCCUAUCGAAUUCUCCAGACAACUGGAUGACUUUCAGGUUUCUGAUAAUGGGAGCAUUGCAAUUGUGUCAGUUAUCAGUAAGAGUAUCAAUGUUUUGGACAUCCUACAAGGUAAAAUGUGUGUCAUUAGUACCAAGGGAACGAUCUUUAAUCAGCAAUUGACAAGAGAUGGUCAAUAUGUUGUUUACAUAGAUUACAGAGAUUCAUGUAGUUGUGACUUUCAUUCAAGUCCAACACUUAAUGUUGUUCGAAUAACAGAUGGGAAAAAUAUUGGGUGCUGCCAUUUGUGUAAAAUUCCCUCCAGUAUUCUCAUCUGUGAAUAUGAUUUAAAUAUCUUAGUUGGUUUUGAAGAUGGGAGUGUUGGAAUAUAUGCAGUUGUUGACUAUCCUGGUGCUGAGAACAAAAUUAAAAGCCAAUUGACUGAGGUGACCAAAGGUGAAUAUCUUUCCAUAAAGAAAAGCUGGUGUUUUAAAGACUUACCUGAUGCUGUUUGGGUAAAUUCACCCAAUGAAUAUUCACAGUAA